CCACUACGACAUGUACAGUAUUGUGAUUAUACCUCGGGCGCGGGGCGGGCUGCUCAUCGUAUCGUACAAUGCACCUACGGCCAUGACAGCAUAACCGGUCUGCGUGAAUUUUCAUUUAAAACCUUCCCUCGUUAUCUGUCGGUCUGAAGCAAGGGUAUUAUUCUUCAGACUUCAGUGUGGGGCUUAAAUUUCUCUCCCGUUCAAGUUACAAGGAAUCGAAAUGAGAACGUUCGAGAGGAAAAGAUAUAGGCCAUGGCUUCCGUACUGUUGCAGGUCGAGGCCUUGUUUCAUGUUCCUCUUUGUUAUGCUCGUCCUGACGUGCAGUGUUCCCACAUCUAGUCAAACUUACAUGUACAAUGGUACAGUGAGUGAAGGAGAGGGUGUGUUCAAACUGGAAGUACCUAUACCUCCCCAUAAUGCGAGACAAGGCUGGGCAGAUAUUGCCGUACACGUACGAACCAGAGGUUGAAAGCGACAAUGACGAGCAUGAAAUUGCUGGUGUGGACUAUGAUGAUGAAGGACGGCUCAACAACAUCAGCUGGUGUUCCUGCGGAGAGUAUCAAAUUAUGCCAGCUGUUCGAGAAUCCUUGUGCUGUAAGGAGAUCAACCAGGUUGGUCAGAAAAUGGAUAACAUUGAAGCGGAUCUUAAUUGCAUCACAGAACAUCCAGGAUUCUACUCUGUUUGUCUAGAUCAGUGGGUAUUGGAAACUGUGUACUUCCAGUAUCGCCAGCAGUAUGGCCAAGGACGACACAAUGCAACUGAAAACCAGUGA